AAUCCGGCCGGGGCGCGACGAUGGAGGAGCCGCAGCGCGCCCGCUCCCACACCGUCACCACCACCGCCAGCUCCUUCGCCGAGAACUUCUCCACCAGCAGCAGCAGCUUCGCCUACGACCGCGAGUUCCUCCGCACCCUGCCCGGGCUGCUCAUCGUGGCCGAGAUCGUUCUGGGAUUGCUGGUCUGGACGCUGAUCGCCGGGACUGAGUACUUCCGAGUGCCCGCGUUUGGCUGGGUCAUGUUUGUGGCCGUAUUUUACUGGGUCCUCACCGUCUUCUUCCUCAUCAUCUACAUCACGAUGACCUACACCAGGAUCCCCCAGGUGCCCUGGACCACAGUGGGCCUGUGCUUCAACUGCAGCGCCUUCGUCCUGUACCUCUCUGCUGCCAUUGUGGAUGCUUCGUCCGUGUCCCCGGAGAGGGACAGCCACAACUUCAACAGCUGGGCGGCCUCGUCGUUCUUCGCCUUCCUGGUCACCAUCUGCUACGCCGGAAACACAUAUUUCAGCUUUAUAGCCUGGAGAUCCAGGACCUUACAGUGAUGGACCGUUAUGCUCAUUAAAAGGACCCCCAAAAGGAAGACUCUCACUGUAAAAACAGCUGUAGGUAUAAUGUAUAUUUCCAGAGAACUGUAUUUAACUAACGUUUUUAUAUACUUACUUAAAGUCGGGGAGCAGUUUGUUACAAUUCAACCAGAGUCAGGUUUGCAAAUUGCUGUAGCUUAUUGUGAACAAUUAAGUAUCUUGUUGAUGUCUUCAUAGACCUUAUUUUCUCAGACAAUGUAUAGAGAAAUUGCUAAUAUUAAAAAUGUGUCGAGUUUAUAAACCUCAC